ACAGAAGCAGCACCUAAGCAAAGAAAAAUACUAUUUCAGGCUUUUACAAAAAAUACCGAUUGAGACCCUAUACAGAUGAAGACAAAACCAACUGUUUUCAGACACGACCGUCUAAAGAUGACGUUGUUUCAUGCCGUUGUCAUCUUAGUGAUGGCGCUGUCGACGUCGGCUUCGGUGUUUUCUCCGAACGAAAAAGAGAAAAUCGCGAGUUUAAUGAAGGAUGUGUUGGCUUGUGGGAAAGUCCCAGGUUUGACGGUGGGGGUUGUGAAGAACGGCGAAGUAUGGACAAGAGGAUUCGGGAAGGCUGACCUUGAACUUGACAUCGACGUCGACGCCACGACAACGCGUUUCGCUAUCGGGUCGCUAACCAAGGCGUUCACAACGACGCUGUUGGCGAUGCAGCUAGAAGAAUCACAAGGGAGAUACACGUGGGAUUCUAAGGUCAGUGAUAUCUUGGGAAAGGAUUUCAAAUUCAUCGAUGAAGAGAGGACUAGAGAAACCACACUGAAGGACAUUCUAAUUCACCGGACCGGGUUAAACACAGCGGUUAUAGAUCUCUACACCUCUUGGUUUCACAACCUCACCAGGCCCGAGUUGGUCAGGUACAUCCGAUUUUUGCCAAGUUCAUCGCCAUUCCGCGACAGAUAUGAAUACAACAACUGGAUGUACGUCUUAGCUGGACAUGUGACCGAGAUCUUGUCUGGAGAGUCAUGGGAGUUAACCCUACAGAAGAAAAUAGUAGAUCCGCUUGGUAUGACGUCAACGAACAUGAUUGGGUACAACUUGAACAUGUCGUCUGCUACGGUCGCUCAGCCGUACGAUCUCGUUCAAAAUGAAAUUAGAAAAGCUGACCUCGAACUAUUCAACAUCAAACCCGCAGAACCAGCGGGCGCCAUUGCCUCGACGGCUGAUGACAUGGUCAAAUGGAUUCAGUUUCUGCUGAAUGACGGGAAAACCGCAAAUGGAAGUCUGCUUCUGAACUCGACGAGCCUCACAGUCUUGUUUCAACCACAUCAGAUACUGCCUGUCGACACGAUUAAGAAAUCAAUGUACAAGCCAAUGUUUCCGGUAGUAGCUCAACAGUUCGGCUAUGGAUUUGGAUGGUCUGUUGGAAACUACAAAGAAUUUCGAAGUGUUCAACAUAAUGGUAUAGUGGACGCGUACAAGUCACAGCUGACCCUUUACCCCGACCUCCAGACAGGAAUAUUUAUUAGUCAGACUGGUCCAACUCUACACGAACUGCUCACAUUCUACUUGACCGACAUCCUUCUUGGGGAUCAACCCUGGCUAAAUGCAUCAACCGUGUGCUCUUUUCCUGCUCCAUGGGCCCCGCGAGAGGGAGCUUUCGACAACAGUUUUGACGUAACCAAUCAAAAAGUUACCGACGUUGACAAAUACGUCGGCAGAUACGGUCAUCGUUUUGCAGGGGACGCAACUGUUAAGGUCGGCAGUGCCGACGGGACGUUAGCCGUCGAGUUUGGAGUGUUUACAGCAACUGUCAACACGACUGCAAAUGACAGAGUAUUCAAGAUGGAUGCCACGGGAAAGAUGCUUGCUGUUUCCCACCCUGGUAAUAGCACUAUGUUAUUCCCCAUCACGUUUAAGAAUUUGCAAAAUGGAAAGUUCAUGGAGGUGGUAAUGCAGUACCCAUAUCCACUCACGUUCCGCCGUGACGUCAGUUUCUAUGACCCUUUUUCGGUUGACAAGGCUAUCCCAGCGUGCACUAGUGGCAGUAAAACACACGCGGCUCUAAAUCCUAUGUUUAUCAUGUUUGUGAUAGUGCUCAUUCGGCUGUCUUCGUACAGCAUACUCGGUUAUAGACGUGUGUCCCGGGACGUCGUCUUAAAACAGAGCUGCCGUCGGCUGUGGUUUCAAAGCCACGCCAUGUUGCUGCUGGGAUUCGUUGCCCAUCUGAUGGCAGCUGCAUCAGCAGACGUUUUCUCGCAGGAGCAGACGGGCCAGAUUGAGAGAUUCGUCAAUGAUGUGAUCGCCUGCCACAACGUGCCUGGCUUGGCUCUGGCUGCAGUGAGAGAGAAUGAAACCUGGAGCAUGGCUUUUGGAAUUGCAGAUCUGGAGAAAAAUAUUCCUGUGGACAAAGGAAAAACCUUGUUUGGAAUCGGUUCACUCACAAAGGCUUUCACGGUGACCCAGAUAGCGAUGCUGUUAAGCGAGUCUGGAGGAAGGUUAACUUGGUACAGCUGGAAUUCGAAACUGACGGACAUACUGGGCUCCGACUUGAAGCUGUUUGACUCUCAGAUCAGGAAACAGGCGACCCUAAAAGACAUCCUCACACACAGAACUGGCUUGUUACCAGCAGAUAUGGGACUUUUCUCUGGGAUAAUAGAAAACAUAACCAGGGCCCACUUCAUGAGCCGUCUGCGUUUCCUGCCUUCUCUGUACGAUUUUCGAGAUCAGUUCAACUACAACAACUGGAUGUAUUCCCUGGCUGGUUACGUCGUGGAGGUUCUGUCGGGCGAAUCAUGGGAAAGGAACCUUUACAGGAGGAUUUUAGAGCCUCUUGGUAUGAAUGAAACAAAAGUGUUGGGCUACGACGUAACGACCACUUCAGAAAGGAUGGCCCAGCCAUAUUUCAUUGUGGACAACGAAUUGAUGAAAACAAAUCCAGCGAUUUAUAGGAUUUCUCCAAACGAACCUGCAGGGGCUAUUGCAUCUACGGCAGACGACAUGGCUAAGUGGCUCUACUUUGUCAUCCACAAAGGGGAGACAAUCGCUGGACAACGUCUGCUCAGCGAAUCCUACUUUGACGACAUGUUUGUGAGACACAAUUCAGUUAUUUCCAAACUAUUGAUUUAUAAACCACAGUUUCCAGUAACAGAUGAGAGUUUCAAUUAUGGAUAUGCCUGGUUUAUCGGACAUUACAGAGAAUACACGAAGAUAUGGCACAGUGGCGGAUUACAUUCUUACAAAUCCUUGAUAUCUUUUUACCCAAAAUUCAAUGCUGGUGUAUUUGUCACUGAAAACGGCCCAGGACCACGUCUACCUUUAAACGUGAUAGUUCCUUAUAUAUCAGACAUUCUCAUUGGUCAAAACACGUGGCUCAAUUCCUCUACCGCCUGCAGCUUCCCACAACCCUGGACGGCUUCAGCGAAUAAAAGCGACAACAGUGGUGAUGUCACACAUGACGUAAUAAAGAAUGCGCACAAGUAUAUUGGUUCCUAUGGAAAUCGGAUGGUGGGAGAUUUGACUGUGGACGAGGGAAAGAACGAUAACUCUCUUAUUUUGAAAUUUGGACGAGUUGUUGGCAUUAUUAAACCUACAUCAACAGGAAACAAGUUCCUUCUGGAUACUACGGAUGAUUUUCGCUUGUUAACCCAUUUUGGUAACAACACAAAGCUAAUUUCAACAGAGUUUAAAGAGGAAUCAAACGGCCAAUUCCAAGCUAUCGAAGUUUACACUAUAACGUUUCGGAGAGAUAUACAGUUUUCGGAUCCAUUCCCACCAGACGAGACUGAUGUCCCUUGUACCAGUUUGGCAGUACGUAAAAUAAAGCCAGAACUGAUUCUGUUACUGUUAACAAUGGCGUCUAUUGUAAUGAGGAAUAUUAACUGAAUUGUGGUUUUGUGGUGUGUUUCAUUUUUUUUCUUAUUUAAAAAUCGUAAACAAAACUAUUUUUAAUUAAUUAUAUUUUGCUAUAAAUGUUAUAUAAUCUGUGAGUUGCGCGAAAGUCGGUUUGAUGAUAAUAAUAAUAAUAAUGACAAUAAUAAACUGCAACAUUUCCGCCAUCCAUACUGUAAUUGGCAUUCAACUGUACCUUGUUAGGCAGCAUUCGAAAAUUGUUAGGUAGCAGUAUACAGUUAGCUUCAUUAUGUACCCGCGCCAAGAGUUCGCUUGAUGGUUUUGCACUGAUCUGUGUUUGAAGACAAAUUAUUUGGAAUAGGAAGUAAAUUGUUAAGCUUAGUGAAGGAGAUAUUUAACAAAAAAGUUUUUUUUUUUUUUUUUUGCCAGCCGUGCAAACGGUUUAGCUGUAAUGAGGCUUGGUAUUCAUACACCGGGUUUCCCUUAUGUCAAAAGUGGAUCGCAAUCAAUUUUGGUAAUUUGCAAACAAGCUGAUUUUGUGAAAAAUUGAAUAGCUAAACUUUUAUUCAAAUGAGGUUUUUUGUAAAGUUUGAUUAGCAAUGUUUUCAUAAAUAUAUGUAUGAUAUCCGCCAAA